AUGCUACCAUCAAUCUGAAGUGCUCUACAGAAUGGAACGCUAUGGCUGGGAACAUUUUCUGCGGCUCAGUACCGCAGCGAUGUUCACGCAGCUGUGUACCGCUGUCGCGCGGCCAGCACCGCGGGAACUAUACUGUCACGCGAUAUGAGGCUAGAAGCAGCACCCAUUCCCAAUAUAUCGCAAAAUGACGUAGUACCUUCAUUGGGGGUAAUGGGAAAUACUUCAGGAGAUUUGCUCAAGUUAAUCUGGGCGCACGGCGCGCCGGCCAUGUCGGAACGCUAG